AAAAUGAAGAUCCGCGUUUGUAACACUAGUUCUCCAAGUAGGCCAAAAUCCACUUCAAUAUUCCCUUCUUUGACUUUUAUUCUCAUUUCAUUUAUUUUCUACCCCUAAAAUCCUAUAACUAUGCACCCAACACUCUCAUACAACACAUACAAAAAAAAAAUUAGCAUAUUCAUCUCCUCAAUUUGACUCUCUUCUUUAACAAACAAUUCCAUGGGUAACACAUGUUCUUGUUCUUGCAUCCCUACAAAUUCUGCCACUUUUGAGAUUUUUAACAACAAACUAAUAAUAAAGGCUAAGAAGAAAACAGCAACGCUUUUGGACACUUGCGGUACCGUACGUGAGAUCAAGCUACCUACGAAAUCGGCGGAACUCAUGAUUGAACUUCUCGGACACGUCAUCACUCCGGCGGAAGUUCUCCUAAGAACGCGACGGAUCACGGCCUUGCAUGCCGAUGAGGAGCUUGUAGCCGGGAAGAUUUACCUGCUGGUGCCAGUGAGUAGGGUGAAUUGUAAGGCUUCUGAGUUUGAGAUUGAGAUUGCGGAGAGAGGGAGUGGAAGAAGAAAGGGAAGUAAAACGGCGAAGGUUUCGCCGGUGUCGAAGUUAACGGAAAAUGACGGAGGUGUUUACUGUGUCCGGCAAAGACGAUGGAAUCCUGUUCUGGAUCCAAUUUUUGAAUCUUCUUGAUGGAAUAAUCGAAUUUUGCGAAACAGUUUUUAUACCUUGCGAUGGAAUAUUGAUUUAGUUUUGUUUUGGUUAAGUGUUUGCAAAUUGCAAUUAGGGAUGAGAUUAGAGUGCCUAGAAUGUUUGCUGUUGCUCAAAAAUAUACUACUCCUGUGUAAAAGAAAAAUUGAUACGAUAAAAAGGAUUGAGACUAAAUGAUUUAUCUAGUGAAAAGUGAGACUUCUGUGUAAUUUCUAGUAAAAAAACUAAUAUAAAUUCUGUAAAUAUCAGUUUUUAUAUUAUGAUUUUAUCAUUAAAAUUUUUUACAAAAAUUUCUAACUAAGUGAGAAUUGUAUUCAAUCGUUAACUUAUCUCUGUCGGCUUAGGUCUAAUAGGAAAUGAUAUUUUUUCUCUAUAUGCUUGUUUAUUCCAUGAUUCAUUGGAUAACAUGCUAGAUCAAUGAGCAUUGCUAUGCUUACACCUAAAAUCCUACAACAUGUAUUUACACCCUA